CGGAGGAGUAGAGAAGAAGAGAGCGCGACCAAUGGAGCAGCGGCGGGGAGCAGCAGUCUUCUCCUGAGCUCAUCUUCCAUGGCUUAAACCCGCACUUUUCUUUAGGACCGUCACAUACGGAUAAUGCAGAGAUGAAGCGCGUGCGGACGGAGCAGAUCCAGUAUGCGGUGACCCAGUACCUGAAGAGGAGACAGUACAUAGACACAGAUGCGUCUCUGAAGGGGGUCAAACUCUCCCAGUCUGCCGAGGAGAUGGCGGCCAGUCUGACAGUUCAGACAGAGUCCAGCUGUGCGAAUGUGGUGUCUUCGGCCCCGUGUCAGUCCGACCCGCAGCAGUACGAGACCCAGUUCUCCAGACUGCGCUCCUUCCUGCAGGACGCAGAAGCGCCGGUGGUGAAGGAGGUGAGCGGCGUCUUGUUCCCGCUCUUCCUCUACCUGCACCUGGACAUGGCUCGCUGCGGCCUGAAGGGAGCGCUAGACUCGUUCUACAGCCGCUUCCACUCCUCCUUCCAGCAGGACCCCGAGCAGAAAGCCAUCGUAGACCUGCUGCGGGGAGCUGUCACGCCUCAGGAUGUGACCUCAAACCCUAAACUCUGCUCGCUCCUGGAUCACAAGUACGUGGUGCACCUGACGGAUCAAGCAUACAGCUACCUGCUGCGUUACCUGCAGAGUGACGACAACAGCGCCGUCUGCUGGGCGCUCAGCACACACGUGCAGGUGGAGGUGACGGCGGCACGCAGGACUGACUACCAGCUGUACGGCGCGGGGACCGGAGCGGGGAACGCGAGCUCCGCUUCCUCUUCCUCCGCGGAGGGGGCGGAGCGCGCGGAGGUCACGGCCGGGUUACCUCAGAACGAGGCGGCGCUGGAGGCGCUGCAGGACUGCAUCAAGCGCGUGAGGGAAGGAGCGCCUUCGCUCACCACCGUCUGCUUCUACGCCUUCCAGCACACGGAUCAGCUGCUGAACACGGCCGAGGUGUCGCCGGACAGCCGUCUGCUGGCGGCCGGCUUCGACAACUCCGCUGUCAAGCUGUGGAGUCUGCGGGCCAGGAAGCUGAAGGCGGGACCUCACAGGACCGACGUGUCCAAAAUAAGACUGGCCUGUGACGUGCUGGAGGAGGAGGCGGACGACGAAGACGCCUCGGGCAGCGAGAUAAAGACCCUGCGGGCUCACAGCGGCCCCGUGUACCGCACGGCGUUCCUGACGGACGGCUCGGGCCUGCUGUCCUGUUCGGAGGACUCCACGGUGCGCCUUUGGGACCUGAGCAGCUUCACCAACACCGUGCUGUACCGCGGCCACGCCUACCCCGUCUGGGACGUGGACGUCAGUCCCUGCGGCCUCUACUUCUGCACGGCGUCCCACGACCGCACCGCGCGCCUCUGGAGCUUCGCCCGCACCUACCCGCUGCGCCUGUACGCCGGGCACCUCUCCGACGUCGACUGCGUCGCGUUCCACCCCAACUCCAACUACGUGGCCACCGGCUCCACCGAUAAAACGGUGCGGCUGUGGAGCACGCAGCAGGGGGCGUCCGUGAGGCUGUUCACGGGCCACCGCGGGCCGGUGCUGUCGCUCGCCUUCUCGCCCAACGGCAAGUACCUGGCCUCGGCCGGAGAGGACCAGAGGCUGAAGCUGUGGGACCUGGCGUCCGGGAGCCUGUUCAAGGACCUGCGGGGGCACAGCGACAGCAUCACCAGCCUCUCCUUCAGUCAGGACAGCAGUCUGGUGGCGUCCGCCUCCAUGGACAACUCGGUGCGGGUGUGGGACAUCCGCAGCGCCCACGGCGGCGCCCCCAGCGACGGCUCCAGCAGCGAGCUGAUCGGACAGUACACGGGCAGCACCAACAACGUCCUCAACGUGCAGUUCAUGGCCUGCAACCUGCUGCUGGUGACGGGCACGGCGCUGGAGAAACAGGAGCAGUGAGAGCGGGCGGGGGUCACGGGAAAACACGCCCCGGGUCGUAUUUCACGCCAAAAUCUGGACGGUUGGAAUGCGUAGGGUGACCUCGAGGACCAAAUCUGUCACAGUUUCUGUGAAUUCGCUCGACAAAUAAAACGGAGCCGUUUAGCGUCGUUAUUUUGUGGCAUGGUGACAUCGCCCAGAUUUCACCCCACAGGGGUUAAUAGUUAGGGUUAAUUAGUUAAUAGUAAUCUCAAAGACAAAACGUGUUCUAAUUAAAGCCAUUUAGCCAUUUAUUCUUUUUUUUUUUUGUAUUGUGACGUUAAUUUAAUGAUAAACCUAUACCCAAGGUUUUUUCGAUAAAAAUUAUUUGGCUAAAAUGGCGUAAAACCGAAUUAAUGCUGCACAAAUGGCAAAGGUAGUUCGUCAAAUAUUAUACAUUCAUAAUCGACAGUAUUUUUAUUUUAUUAAAGGAAAGACGGCAAGCGCUACCUUGAUUUUCACCAUCAUUAUCAUUGUUUGCGUUACAAUAAAUUUGGGGGGCUGUUGUCAUAAAAAUAACGUAUAUGUAUUUUAAUAGGCUUUAUUUUCUUCGAGCGAAACGUAUUUCUAGAAUUAUUUUGGUGAAAUACGACCAGGUCACGUGCUUCCAGGCCGAUUUCUCGUGAGACUCACCUCUGUGGUGUUUCGUAAAGCGAGAGUGUUGGCGUUUUGGUUCGUUACUGUUACGGUGUGUGUGUCAAUGCCUGCUGUUUUCAUGAAAAUGUAAAUACUAGACAUAUUUUUCUGAAAAAAGUUAUUUGCGUGUCUGUAUUUUCAGUUGAGCUCGUUUCUGUUUGUAAAAGCGAGCACGUCCGGCACCGUUCUCCAGGAAGCCCGAUGGACUGGAUCAAGCGGUCAUCUUCCUAGUUCUUAUUCCCACCUUCACUAGGGAUUGAGUUUAGUAUUAUUGCAACAAGAAAAAAAAAAUACUUUAGAUGCCACGGUUUGGAUGGACUGAAUGAUUGAAUGAUGACUCUUUGUGUUCCUAGUUGCUAAUCACGACGCGUUUGUCUUCAAAAGUGAAUAGGAAAAAGUUUUUGCACCGCUCUGAUACUUGUAAAUAUAUUUUUGUAACAUUUCA